GUUACCCGUCAGCUGAGAGCAAGAGAUAAGGGAGACCCACCUCGAACGCCAGCCCUUGACGCGGGCCGCAGCCGUGCGUUCGGACCGUUUCGGACGCACAUCCCCGGCGCGACAACAGGAUGCGUGCGACCGGCGGCGAAGGCCCGUCGGCCUGUCCAGGCCAGUCUGCCGUUGGACGCUGCUGCGCCAUGACCGCCGUGUUCGAGUGCGUGGUCAUAAACGCCUUCGUGGUCCUGCGCAAGUGGGACCUCAGGUUCCUGCGCCUCCACCCGCCCUGCGCGGAACGCAUCGAGCGCGACGGCAUGGCGCAUUUCGAACACCGUCACGACAUCCGGGCCCACUACGUCAAGUUCGCCGGGCGGCGGGCGGACCUGGACCCCGGGCCGUGCGCCCUGUGCGCGCGCCCGACGGCCGAGGUCCGCGAGUACUGCGGGUGCCUCGGCAAGCACUCCAUACCGGAACAGCACAACACUGUCGCGGCCGCGACGCCCGCUGCUGCAGCAGCAGCAACAACCACCGGGAGCACAAUAACGCAUGAAUCAACCAAACAACCACUGAGCGAGAUAUGCUGUAAGGGGCCCGCUAAGAACCGCGUUGAGACAUCCCCGGCCGAAGCCUCGGCCAGGGACCUUGGAUCGAGAUCGAGCCCUUCUCCUCGUGCUGGUUGCGGCGGCAAUCCGUCUCUACGCGCCGCCUUUCCAUAUGUGAAUGUGCCGUGCGCUGCAUGCGGACGGGCGGGGCACGUUGCCCGGCGUUGCCCAGCCAGGGCACGCCGUUGCCAGGCCUCUGCUUCGGCCGCGGCCUCAAAGUACACGGAGGCUGUGCCAUCGUCUUCAGUCGAAAGGAGCACCACUCCCAUGCCUAAUGAGGCCGAUUCCGAGUACGGGGCGUUCUUGGAUGUCCGCACCACAAUCCUCACCGAGUCCACUGCCAUGGCAGGUAACGCGUUCUAACGGCUUCGGGCGGCCCGUUUGCCGAGGAGGUCGCAGGCUUAUGCGCGAACCAGGUGGCCUCGCCUUCCUCGCCCUCCACUUUUCAUGUGACCAAGAUCAUCGUUCGCAGAAUAUACGCCGUCGUUCCUGUCGUCUGAGUGCUCAUCAAUGGCCAGGCCUGCACCAUGACUACAGCACCUCCAGUUCGGAGAGGCGCUCGGAGAAGCCUCUGUCCAGCGCGUGGCAGGCCGCUCUGGACGCCACGACCAUGAGCAGCAGCAAGGGCCCGGGGGCGGGCCCGGGGGCGGGGCCGGGGGCGGGCGGGGCCGUGGGUGCGCUGGGGCAGGCCACGCUGGGCGCCGCCCCCGCUGCCCCCAAGAGGCCGGUGCGGCGAGGUGGGAAACCGCCUCCCGACCGGCCCCAGCGGGCCCUGUUCUGCCUCAAGCUCAACAACCCCAUUAGGAAGGUGUGCAUCGACACCGUUGAAUGGAAGCCAUUUGAGUACCUGAUAUUGCUGACUAUCUUCGCAAACUGCGUCGCCCUGGCUGUGUACACUCCUUAUCCUAACAGUGAUUCCAAUACCACAAAUUUGUAUUUGGAGAAAAUUGAGAAUAUCUUUUUAGUUAUAUUUACUGCUGAAUGCGUAAUGAAGAUAGUAGCGUAUGGUUUUGUCGCCCAUUCAGGGGCUUACCUACGAAACGGUUGGAACUUAUUAGAUUUUACAAUUGUAGUUAUAGGAAUGUUAAGCACAGCGUUAACAAGUUUUAUGAAAGAAGGUUUCGAUGUGAAAGCUUUAAGAGCAUUUCGAGUAUUGCGGCCUUUAAGGCUAGUGUCUGGUGUGCCAAGUCUGCAAGUGGUGCUCAAUUCAAUUCUCCGUGCCAUGGUGCCCUUAUUACAUAUAGCUCUACUGGUACUUUUUGUUAUAAUUAUUUAUGCCAUUAUAGGCCUGGAAUUAUUCUCAGGGAAAAUGCACAAAACAUGUUUUAAUAACAUAACUGGGGAAAUGAUGGAAAGCCCACAUCCCUGCGGGGAGGGUGGCUUCCAAUGCCCACCCCCCAAGGUGUGUGCCCUUUAUUGGGAGGGACCCAACUUCGGCAUCACCAACUUCGACAACUUUGGUCUUUCGAUGCUCACAGUCUUCCAAUGCAUAACGCUUGAAGGAUGGACGGACGUUUUGUACGCUAUCCAAGAUGCGAUGGGCAAUAGCUGGCAGUGGAUAUACUUCAUUUCAAUGGUUAUUCUUGGAGCGUUUUUCGUUAUGAACCUAAUUCUUGGUGUGUUGAGCGGAGAGUUCUCUAAGGAGAGAGAAAAGGCCAAAGCUCGCGGAGAUUUUCAUAAGCUUCGAGAAAAGCAGCAAAUUGAGGAGGAUCUCAGAGGUUACCUGGAUUGGAUCACUCAAGCGGAAGACAUCGAACCAGAAGAUGGAGAAGAUGGGUCAAGACAACACGCCCAGGAUGGAAAAAGCCGUUUCCCCCACCACUCUUUCCUAUCAGGCUGGCGAAGAAGAAGCAGCAGCAGUAGCAGACCGUGGGGUGGUGGGGGCAGCCAGGGACUUCACCAAGGACAAUACCAAGAUAAAAAUGAAAAUAAUUCAGCGGACCACUUAGACGGCGAAGAAGAAGUUUUACAAGAGUCGUGGUUUAAGAAGAAAAAGAGAGAUUUUGAUAGAGUUAACCGCCGUAUUAGAAGAGCUUGCAGAAAAGCUGUGAAGUCACAAGCCUUUUACUGGUUAAUCAUCUUACUGGUUUUUCUGAAUACUGGCGUACUUGCAACCGAACACUAUAAACAACCGGAAUGGUUAGAUUCUUUUCAAGAGGCGACAAAUCUUUUUUUUGUAGCACUUUUUACGAUGGAGAUGCUUUUAAAAAUGUAUAGCUUAGGUUUUCAAGGAUAUUUUGUGUCUUUAUUCAACCGCUUCGACUGCUUCGUGGUUAUUGGCAGCAUUGCAGAACUGAUUUUGACCAAUACUAAAGUAAUGCCGCCGUUAGGUGUCUCUGUGUUACGUUGUGUUCGGCUGCUCAGAGUCUUUAAAGUCACAAAGUACUGGAAAUCUUUGUCAAACUUGGUCGCCUCUCUCCUAAACUCUAUUCAGUCUAUCGCAUCACUUUUGUUGUUGCUCUUUCUCUUUAUAGUAAUCUUUGCGCUGUUAGGAAUGCAAGUGUUUGGAGGAAAAUUUAACUUCUCAAAAACUGAAGACAAGCCUAGGAGUAAUUUUGACAGUUUUUGGCAAAGUCUAUUAACUGUCUUUCAGAUAUUGACUGGUGAAGACUGGAACGUGGUGAUGUACGAUGGUAUUCGCGCAUAUGGCGGUGUUGCAUCUUUUGGCAUACUUGCCUGCAUCUAUUUUAUCAUUCUGUUCAUUUGCGGUAAUUACAUCCUUCUAAAUGUUUUCUUGGCUAUCGCUGUUGAUAACCUGGCAGACGCUGAGUCGCUGGCGACCAUAGAGAAGGAGGAGGAAAACGAAGAGCAACGCAAACAUGAUUGGCUCAAAGAAGUGGGCAUUACGCCAAAUGAUGAGGCUGGCCCCACGACUGGCGGUAACGCAGAAGGUGAUUCGCAGGGAGAGGGCGGUGAGGACGAGGGCGAGGGCGACGAAGAGGGCAUGGACGAGGAGGGAGAGGAAGAGGAAGAAGGAGAGGAGGAAGGGUCCGAAAAAGGUGAUGGCACGACAAGUCGAUCGAAGGUGCGGAUCGACCUUGGAGAGCCCGAGGAAUACACUUACGACGAUCAAAACGAUAACCAGGGCGGCAGCCCAACCAGCCCGUCGUCCGUUUCCGAGGCCGAGAGACAGCCACUGCGCAAACCGUCAGCGCCACGGGUCCCGCCACGGGUGCCUGUGCCGCCCAGGGUGCCGCCGUCACGGAAGCGUAUGGUGCCUCGGCGCUUCUCUCUGGAGGACGAAUCAGUCAACAAGAAGAAGCCAAUGCCGCCGCACAGCUCGCUCUUUGUCUUUUCAAAGUACAACCGGUUUCGCGUGUUCUGUCACUGGGCGUCCAACCACAGCUAUUUCAGCAAUUUUAUUCUUGUUUGCAUUAUGGUGUCAUCAGCGUUGCUGGGGGCUGAGAACCCGCUCAGGUCCGACACACCUACAAAUAAGGUUUUAGUUUACUUUGACUACUUUUUUACAACAGUCUUUACGAUUGAGCUGAUCCUUAAGAUCGUAUCAGCUGGGUUCGUUCUUCACGAAGGCGCCUUCUGCCGGUCUGCGUUCAACAUACUGGAUCUCGUGGUCGUUUGCGUCUCAUUAGUAUCAGUGUUUUUCAGCUCCGGGGCCAUUUCCGUUGUUAAAAUUCUAAGAGUGCUGAGAGUAUUAAGGCCACUUAGGGCUAUAAAUAGAGCAAAAGGUUUAAAACACGUUGUACAAUGUGUCAUAGUAGCAGUUAAAACUAUAGGAAAUAUUGUGCUGGUCACAUGUCUGUUACAAUUUAUGUUUGCCGUCAUCGGUGUUCAGCUUUUUAAGGGCAAGUUUUUCUCUUGUACUGAUGACUCUAAAGUGAGUGAAGCAGAGUGCCAAGGGUCCUAUUUGGUUUACGAGAACGGUGACGUGGAAAGUAUUAAAGUAGAAACAAGGAAAUGGGGUCUGAACGAUAGAAAUUUUCAUUUUGAUAAUGUAGCGAAAGCUAUGCUCACGUUGUUUACGAUAUCAACUUUUGAAGGGUGGCCAGGUCUACUUUACGUCUCCAUCGAUUCGAAUGCAGAAGAGCGCGGACCUAUCCAUAACUACCGACCAAUAGUUGCCACGUAUUACAUCAUCUACAUCAUUAUCAUUGCAUUUUUCAUGGUCAAUAUCUUUGUCGGUUUUGUCAUCGUAACAUUCCAAAAUGAGGGUGAGCAAGAAUACAAAAACUGCGAACUUGAUAAAAAUCAGCGCAACUGCAUUGAGUUCGCACUGAAAGCGAAGCCGGUGCGUCGUUAUAUACCAAAGCAGAGACUUCAAUACAAGAUAUGGUGGUUUGUCACAUCGCAACCCUUCGAGUACACCAUAUUUACUCUCAUCAUGAUUAACACUAUAACAUUGGCCAUGAAGUUCUAUCGACAACCAGAUGCAUACACCGAUGCGUUAGACAAGCUGAACAUGAUAUUCACUGCUGUUUUCGCACUAGAAUUUGUUUUUAAACUUGCCGCAUUUCGUUUCAAGAAUUAUUUUGGUGAUGCCUGGAAUGUGUUUGAUUUUAUCAUCGUUUUGGGAAGCUUCAUAGACAUCGUGUACUCUGAAUUCAAUUCACCCUCCGAACAGCCCCAACAGGCCCCAAAGGCAAAGCCAGGCUCCACCACCAACAUCAUCUCCAUCAACUUCUUCCGCCUGUUUCGCGUCAUGAGACUCGUAAAGCUGUUGUCCCGAGGCGAGGGUAUACGGACGCUACUUUGGACCUUCAUCAAGUCUUUCCAGGCGCUGCCCUACGUCGCUCUGCUGAUCGUCAUGCUCUUCUUCAUUUAUGCUGUCAUUGGCAUGCAGGUUUUUGGGAAGAUCGCCCUUAGCUCGGACACGUCCAUCACCCGGAACAACAACUUCCAGACGUUCCCACAAGCCGUGCUGGUGCUCUUUCGGUCGGCAACGGGUGAGGCCUGGCAGGACAUCAUGAUGGACUGCUCUGCAAGGCCGAACGAAGUCAAGUGCGACAUCGAGUCGGAUUCUGACACACCGCUCAACUGUGGCUCGGAUCUGGCUUUUCCGUACUUCAUUUCAUUCUACGUGCUUUGCUCCUUCCUCAUCAUCAACCUCUUCGUGGCUGUUAUCAUGGACAACUUCGACUACCUGACUCGGGACUGGUCGAUCCUCGGACCACACCACCUAGACGAGUUUAUCCGGCUCUGGAGCGAGUACGACCCGGAUGCUAAGGGCAGGAUCAAGCACCUGGACGUAGUCACUCUGUUGCGGAAGAUCUCACCACCGCUUGGUUUCGGCAAGCUGUGUCCGCACCGAGUGGCCUGCAAGCGUCUGGUGUCUAUGAAUAUGCCGCUUAACAGUGACGGCACGGUUCUUUUCAACGCCACCUUGUUUGCUGUGGUGCGCACCUCGCUCAGGAUCAAGACGGAAGGCAACAUAGACGACGCUAACGCCGAACUGCGCGCUGUCAUCAAAAAGAUUUGGAAGCGCACCAGCCCCAAGCUGCUGGACCAGGUCGUGCCGCCGCCAGGAGUGGAUGACGAGGUGACUGUCGGCAAAUUUUAUGCAACAUUCCUCAUUCAAGACUACUUCAGACGCUUCAAGAAGAGGAAAGAAAUGGAGAUGAAGGACACUGACAAAGAUUCGCAUAACACUGUCACACUCCAGGCUGGUCUGCGAACGCUGCAUGACGCUGGGCCUGAGCUCAAGAGAGCCAUUUCCGGCAACCUUGAGGAAAUGAUGGAGGACAAUCAGGAACCUUCUCACAGGCGCAACCAUUCACUGUUCGGCAGCGUUUGGUCAUCGAUGCGGCGGGGUCACGGUGGCUUUAACCGUGCCCGCUCCCUCAAAGUGAACCCCACGCAGAUCAAGAUGAUGCACUUGGAUGUACCAGGGAGGAACCUUAGAAAGGUUUCGCCUACAAAUUCCAUCGACUACCUUCCGUACAACGCGUUACAGCGGGCCGUCAACGAUGGCAUGAACCACAUCACUGCGCUCACCAAGUCAGCCCUCGGUCCUGGGGCGCUGUCAAUGCAGGACGUUGGCUACAAGGGUGGCGAAAACAUACCCAUGCGACCUAUAGCGGUGCCCAAUGGCGACCCAGAUAGGGCUUACGGGACUUAUCACGAAGCCGAGACAGAGCUGACGACGCCGGCCUCGCUGCGACUCCGAGGUUCCAACAAAGAGGUGUCCCUGGGGGCUGGCACCCCGGGGACCACCGGGACUCCAGGGGCUGGCGCGGAGGGCGCCUCGGACGACGGCGAGGCCUGGAGCCGCAUCGCCGGCGGCCUCAAGCUGGCCCAGACGCAGGCCAUGGCCGUGGCUGGCUUUCUCCAGGACGCGUCGGCGCGCACCCCUCCCAACGGUGCCCCCGCCGUUGCUAUCGCAGUGGUGGAUGACGUCAGGGUGGAGGUCGCCCUCGACGCGUCCCCACUACGUCUGCAGACGAGGUCACCACCGCCGCCUCCCUCGACGGGUUCCCCGAAGGGUUCUCCGGCGGUUUCCCCGACGGGUUCUCCGAAGGGGCCGCCGAGCCCCGACGCGGCGGUGGACGUGGGCCUGGCGGGCGCACUGGCGGGGGUGCGCCGCUUCAAGAGGAGCAGGACGACGGGGCGGCCGGGCCGGCGCUCCGUCACUGCCAGCGCUCCGGAGCUCGUCGCCAACCCGCUCACGCACAGGGCCUCGUUUCACGGACGAGGGACGCAGCCCAUGGGCGCCAACGGGGACAUGUCACUCGAUCGGGCGAGGAGCGCUCAAUCCGUGCCUUCCAGCCCGGCGGACAGGCGGACCAACUUCUCGGGGGUCGUUGGCUCGGCCGAGAGCCUAGUUGGGAGAGUGCUUGCUCAGCAGGGAUUGGGCAAGUUCUGUGACCCCGAGUUCGUGCGGAACACUUCUCGCGAGAUGCAGGAGGCUCUUAACAUGACCCAGGAGGAGAUGGACCAGGCGGCCCACCAGCUCCUGGCUCAGGAGCGCGACGGUCGGGGCCCGAUAGUGUUCAGUGAGCAGGUGUACCCCGUACCUCCGCGAGGCUUCAGCCCUCGUGGGCCAAGCCCACACUUCUCGCCAGGAUAUUCACCGGGCCCACAUGGACCGCAGGGCCAGGGGCCGGGCUGAAAAGAAAGAAUGAAACUGUGCCUUUUAUCCGACUCACAUCGGAUUCUUUUGUGAAAAUUGACUUUUUUGUAAGGAAAAGAAAGUGUUCAAGUGUUGCAACUAUUUUAUAUGACGCGUAAUAAUAUUUGUUAUGUUAUAAUUAACAGUUGAAUGAUUUGUACAGUUGAGUGUCAGAAAGAAUUUCCCUUUAUGUUAUACAUAUCUAAGUUUUUAGAAAUCAAUGUGUCAGUACUGGCAGGCCCAGUUGAGACACAUCAAAUCAAAAUGUAUACUAUGUCUGUGACAAAACUGAUUGUUCUGUGAAUUUUGGUUAUUUAUUUGAGGUACCAGCCUUGCACGUCUCCAGGGGAACUUUUUGUCUCUCCAUUAGUCCCACUGAUGCUGAGACUCUGGAGUGACAUCAAAAUAGGGUGAAGGUUUAAUUAUUAGUGACAUGCCACUCAUGCACAACCGUUAAGCGCACAUUCAAGUUGUUUAUGAUCGGAUAAUUUUGAUACAUAUUAUGUAUAUUAUACUGUCCACUAAUUACUACUAUAGUAUAUACUCUGGAUUCGUGCCAAUCUGUUAUCUUAAAAAUCUUUUGUUGUUUUUGUAAAAGAAAAGUUCCUCAAUUGUAUGACUUUGUAAGAAAAUUUUUAAUUUGUUCUUCAAAGACCAACUCUCUCAUUCAGAAUGUUGUGAUUUUUCUAUUUGUUAUUUCUCUAAAAGAGCUUGUAUUCAAAAUAUGUAUAGUUCUUGUAUAUUGUAUGAGAGGCCCAAGACGUUUCGGUGUUGCAAUGACCAAUCAACAUAACGCGCCACCGAGAAUUUCUGUUCAAAAAUUACGUUGCUUUGAAUCAACCGAGUUUUUUUCCGUCCUGUUUAAUGCCAACUGACUCUCAAAAUUGAAUGUUUUAUGAUUUUGCCAUUUUCCAUUUUGUACAAUUGAAAAUAAAGGCUGCAAGAAAGUGAUAGGUGUAA